AUUUAUUCGAAAAGAAUACUUUAGAAAAUGCCUCCACUACGCAGACGUAAUACGGUUGGCAGGCAUACGCGUGAUUCACAUCGAAUGUCAAUAAGGAGAAGAAAUCAAAGCGAAGAGCAACGCGCUCAAGUGAAUGCCCGAGGUAGAGCGGUGUACAGAGAGCGGCGUGCACAGUUUAGAGCUGAAUCCGCAGACAAUCAACGGCCAAAUUAUCGCCAAGGCAGAGUUCCGCUUCGUCUUCGCGAUCAAAUGGAACAUGUUGGCUUUCACUACGAUCCUGACUGCGACUACAGCCUGCAUGGUUCCAUUGGAGCAAUGGAUAUUAUUUGUACGCAUUGCAAUGCAGCGAAGUUUCGAGGAGAAACAGCUGGCAUGUGCUGCUCCGGUGGCAAAGUGAAACUGCCUGCAUUGGAACCGCCACCAGAACCAUUACAUUCCUUGCUCACUGGAGAAUCGCCGACAUCUAAGCAUUUUUUGCAGAACAUUCAAGCAUACAAUUCAUGUUUUCAAAUGACUUCUUUUGGUGCCACAAAGAUCAUUAGAGAUACAUUUAUGCCGACAUUCAAGAUUCAGGGACAAAUAUACCAUCGAGCAGGCUCGCUAUUACCAUUUGCCAAUGAUGACUAUAAAUUUUUGCAAAUAUAUUUUAUCGGUAAAAAAAACACAAAACCGCGCAUCAAGGAAAUACAAAACCUAGUAUGGGAGGUUGCCUAA